UUGGAUAGAUAUGAUGCCUAUCAUUAGCGGUGAACUGACUGAAUUGUCGUUCAAUAUACCCUUGCUCUAGUCGAGGAUACAAACGUUUAUUUCAUAGCUACAGUCGUGUAUAAAUUCUAAAUUACAGGCAUUGGGAAGUUAACAGGAAAAUCAGAAGUUCUGGGACGUGAUAUUUGUGUGUCGAGUGAAGCAGAUGUUAUUGUUUUCUUUUCUGUAGAAAUGGGCUCGACAAAUUCCACCCUGUCAAAAAUUCCAAACGUCGAAGAAUUAAUGCAAGAAACGGGUUUCACCCCUGCACACAUUGUUCGACUUUAUGACCGUUUCGAAGCAUUGGACAAGGAAAAGACAGGCCAUCUCCGCCCACAGGAUUUUGGAGCCAUUAAUAGGUUGGCGAUGAACCCCAUCGGGGAUCGGAUCAUUGGGGCUUUCUUCUCUCCAGGACAGGAAACAGUGGACUUCCACUCCUUUGUGAGGACCCUGGCCCACUUCCGACCUGUGGACAAAAAACGUCCCAAAGAUCCCAGUAUGCCUGAACCUGUCAACAGUAGGACCAGUAAACUCAAGUUUGCCUUCCAACUAUAUGACCAAGAUAAAGAUGGAAAAAUCUCCAGAGCUGAGCUUCUACAGGUGUUGCGGUCCAUGCUGGAGAUGCAGGUGACGGAGGAGCAGCUAGAGAGCAUCGCCGACCGCACCAUCCAGGAGGCUGACCUGGACAAGGACGACGCCAUCUCCUUUGAGGAGUUCCGCAAGUCCCUGGAGAAGGUGAACAUCGACCACAAGAUGAGCAUUCGCUUCCUGCGCUAGCUAGAGUGGUUGCACUGGGACAACUGACUGUUCAUGGAGAUGUUGCCCACUUUGUGUCUACUCAUCCCUCCAUGGUAAAAGCAAGGCUUCUGCAGGGAAAUAUUACUGAUUCCUUUAACUGGAUGACUAACACUAAAUACCUUAAAUGACUGAAUAAUAUGCUGUAACCUAAUAUGUUGUUUACAGCAAACUGGAAUUUGGGCAUCAUGCUCCAAAGUCUAACUGUACUAGAGGCCUACUGUAUAACUACAUAGUAACUGCUUUUAUAUAAUACAAUAAAAUGCAAUUUAAUAAUAA